AUGCCAUUAACUGAUCAACAAUUACGUCAAGAAUUACUUAGCUAUGGUGAAACUGUUCCACCAAUAACACAACGUAAUCGUGAACAACUUCGUGCUCGACUUGAGCUACUUCGAUCACGACCACGUUCACCAGCUAAAAGUUCACCAACACGUACGCGUACAAAUGCAUCUACAAUACGUUCACGUCCUGGACGUGGUUUAAUUGAAUUAAGUGAUUCAGAAACAGAUACAUCAUCCAAUGAAUAUUCGACAUCACGUCGAACAGGACGAGACACAAAUAUUCAAACACGUUCGAUUGCUGUAGGACGAGAUUCAGAUCGAUCAAAUGUAUUACCAGUAUCAAAUGUGGCUGUUGAUGUUGAAGAAUCAAUUGCUCGUCAUCGUCGUGAAAUUCAACAAUUGAUUGAUUCAGCACGUGAUAGAACUCGUGCUGCAAAUGCAAGUAUAGCAUCUGGAAAAUAUGAACCAUCAACAACAACAUCUAUUCGUCCAAAUUCCAUAACAUCAUCUCGUCAUGCAUCAUCAAUUAAAACUGAUCUGAAAAAACUUAUAAAACAACCAUCAUGGUUUAAUCAUUCACGACAAAAAGUUGAAUUAUUUUGGAAAACAAAUAAAGAUAUUAUUGCAAAUAUAGUCAAAGCUUUAAUUGUUGGUUUAGUUAUUGCUUGUGGACUUAUUAUACUUAAAAAUAAAUUACCAGAUCUUAUUCCACAACAGAGAGGAAUUACUUGUACUCCUGAUAAUGCCACUGACUGUGAGGAUAUGAAACCAAUAAUGAAUUCAGUACUAAAAUUUCUUCAAACUCGAACUGGUGAAGUCGAUUGUGGUUUUCGUAAAAAUAGUGAUCUUUAUGUGAAAAAACCUGAAAUAGAUGAAUAUUUAGAUAAAAAAGGAUUUAAAUUUGAAUUGGGUCCCGAAGCACGAUGGAAAACAUUAAUUACUUAUAUAGUCGACAAACCAGUAGAUGAUAUCGAAGUAUAUGAUAAUCAAAAUCGACCAGUGAACAAUGUUAAUGAUGCAUAUAAAUUGAAGGCAACAGAAGGAAUUCAUUCAUUAUUAUGUCGUACUCGUCGAACUGUUCAUUCAGCAAUGCAACAUUUAGCUUGGCUUGUAAUAGGUACAAUUGCUUUUCUUACAUUAGGUUGGUUUUUUAAACGACGUUCAAAACAACGUGAAGAAAGUGAAAAUACAUAUAAAAAUUUAAUAAAUGAAAUAAUAAAUUUACUUGAAAAUCAAUAUGAAGAACAUUUACAUAAUCCAGAAGUAAAACCAUGGCUUGCUAUAAGUCAUAUUCAUGAUAUGCUUAUUCCAACACAAGAUCGUAAACGAUUAAAAAAUCUUUGGGAACGAGCUCAAAAACAAAUAACUCAACAUGAAUCACGUAUACGUGCAGAAACACAAUUAAUUCAUGGUGAAGAAUUUGAAGUUUGGAGAUGGAUACAACCACGUUCAUCUAGUCCAUCGCCAACAAGACAAAAACGAACAGAAUCACCACAUAGUUCUAAUGAAGAAAGUUAUGUUUUCAUGCCACCUGAUAUUGGUCUUACAGAAUGUCUUAAAUUACGAAAUUUCUUUGAUCCACAUGGUAUUACUGAUGAUGAUGAAAUUGAUCUAGUUGUUGAUAGUAUUCAAAAUCGUUGUGCGACAGUUAAAAGAAUUGAACAUAUUGGUAUAAAUUCAAUAUUUGUUUACUUAAAAUUUUCAUCAAAGGAAGCAGCUGCUCAAGGUUUUCAUUUACUUAAUAAUUGGAAAUAUCAUGGUCGUGAAAUAAUUGCUAAAUAUCUUCGUCUUGAACGUUAUCAUGAACAUUUCCCUGAAGCUCGUGAGAGUGGCUCAACAAAUAAUUAA